UACCAUCAUGGAAUUUCACAAUGUUUUUUACCAACUUCCCUACAUAUACUCCUUUCUCUUGCUUUUGGUGUUGCUAAAAAUAGUUAAAAUAAUGAGUUGUAAGAAAUCCGUUGUUAAUUUACCACCAGGACCAUGGACGCUGCCUGUCUUAGGUAAUAUACAUCAGAUUAUCAGCAGCUCACUGCCUCACCACUGUUUCAAAAAGUUGGCAGAGAAAUAUGGACCUUUGAUGCAUCUAAAACUUGGCCAAGUACCAUACAUAAUAGUUAGUUCACCAGAAAUGGCCAAAGAGAUUCUGAAAACACAUGAUCUCAGCUUUUGUGAUAGACCAAACCUUAUGUUGUCAACAAUAUUUAGUUACAAUGCUAGAGAUAUUGGUUUCUCUGCAUAUGGUGAAUAUUGGAGGCAAUUGCGGAAGAUAUGUAUUGUAGAGCUAUUAAGUGCAAAGCGUGUAGAAUCAUUUAGGUCCAUAAGAGAAGAAGAAUGUUCAAUACUGAUGAAAUCAAUAUCUGCCAGUGAAUCCUCUGUUGUUAAUCUGACAGAGAUGAUUCUCUCAAUAACAUGUGGGAUAACGAUGCGAGCAGCUUUUGGGAAAAAGAGUAGACACAGACAAGUGUUCAAAUCAACGAUAAAUAAAACAGUAAGCCUAUUGGGUGAAUUUUGUAUUUCUGAUUUGUAUCCUUCAUUUAAAAUUCUUGAAAGGGUGAGUAGGUCAAAAACCAAAAUGGAAAAUUUUCAUAGAGAGCUUGAUAUAAUAUUGCAAGACAUCCUCAACGAUCACAAACAUUGUCACGCAAAAGAAAACAAGUAUGAAGAUCUAGUUGAUGUUCUUCUCAAGAUUCAACAGGAAAACGAUGACUCGCAACAUCCUUUGACAGAUGAGAGCAUUAAAGUCGUCAUCCUGGAUAUGUUUGCUGCUGGUACGAGAACAUCGUCAAGGGUACUUUUAUGGGGGAUGUCUGAGAUGGUAAAGAAUCCAAAGGUAAUGGAAGCAGCUCAAGCUGAGGUAAGAAGAGUGUUUGAUAAAAAAGGCUAUGUAGAUGAAACAGAUAUGCACCAGUUGGUAUACUUAAAGUCUGUCGUCAAAGAAACAUUGAGGUUGCAUCCUCCUACACCACUGUUGAUUCCAAGAGAAUGCAGGGAGAAAUGUCAAAUCAAUGGGUAUGAUAUACCAGCUAAGACAAGGGUUGCUGUUAAUGUUUGGGCAAUUGGAAGAGAUCCAAAGUAUUGGGCUGAAGCCGAGAGUUUUAAACCGGAGAGAUUUCUUAAUAACACGAUUGAUUUCAAAGGCACGGACUUUGAAUACUUACCAUUUGGUGCUGGAAGGAGAAUGUGUCCGGGCAUUGCUUUUGGCAUACCUAACGUCGAGUUGCCUCUUGCUAAUUUACUUUACCAUUUUGAUUGGAAGCUUCCCAAUGGAUUGAAGAAUGAAGAACUUGAUAUGGCUGAGUCAUCUGGGCUUACAGUAGAAAGAAAAAAUGACUUAUGCUUGGUACCUAUUACUCGUCGUUUUUUAUAUACAUUUCUCCCAUGAAGGAGUAUGAUUUUCAUAUUAAUCAUAAAGUUUGUAAUUGUAAUACUUACAAAUAAGUUUAUGAUAGGCUAAGUUUACUAUAGGCUAUUGUAACCGAAGAAAAUUUACUAUAGUCUAUUGUUGCAAAUGUGGAAAAAAAGUGACCGAAAGAAUGAAAAGGCUUUAUAAUCAAGUUCAAGAGAAUACAAUAAACAUACCAUAUUCUGGACCCAAAAAAAAUAGUUCUUUUCAAUAAAAAGAAUG